GUGGGUUUCAUUAAAGGGCUAAGCUGGUCAGGCAUUUUAAACCCUGGUCUGUGAGACAACAGCCUGCAAUGAAUAACCAAACCUGUUAAAAGUCUCAAUACCUGCUGCUAGGAUGAGAGAUCUGAAACUGCGGGGUGAACCCUAAAGUCCCCGCUACCUCCACCUCUCUUGCUUCUUAGCCUGUGAAAGCCAAGUGGAUCACCUGGGUGCCCCUCCAUACCCGGCUCUAGACAGUACAUUGGCCCCUUAUUUCUUGUGAAGUUCUUACUUGCAUGUGCUAAUCUCCACUCUCAAGGAGGUUUAUUGUGACAGAUGUUUUAAGGAGAGCGACAAAGGGCACACUAUUAGCAACAGAUGGACAGGAAGGUGCUAUAUAAUGGAGUUUGAUGAAUACAAGGUGUAUUACCACGUGAUGCUUUACUCCAGUGUGGUCCAGACUGGGCUUAUGACCUAGUGAAGAACUUGUUUGACUUCUGGACCCUGAGACAGUUUGGAGUUCAUUUAGGUCGUGUUGCUCACGAAUUGUAGAAGAGCGUGUUUGUUGGAGGAUAUCGGAGUUCAAGAUAGGUCUGUGCUUGCAAUGCCACUAGAGGGCAGUAGAGCUUCCACAAACAGUAUCAUUUCUACUGAAUUAGUGCAUUUCACUGCUGCAUCGACAGACAUUUAACAUAGAGACAUAAUUCUGAGUUGUGAUUCACAGCAGUUUUUCAUUAACUUUAAAUUGUUUUGUAAAAUGUAGUAAAAGACUGUGAGUAAUCAUAAGUGACCUUUUUCAGUGAUUAUUGUCUAGUGGCCUACAGAACAGUGACAACAGUUUGCAUCCAGACGUCUACUUUCAAUAAUGUGGCUUGGAGACGACUCUUCAGGUGAAAAGCAUGUGCUGGAGGAAAGAACCGUCCUGCUGUGGUGGGGGACGAGCAGUGAGGUGAAGCACACAGCCAGUAUGCUCUUAAAAGUAGUUGAAUUUCACAAAAUGUGUUUUCCUUCCUAAAAUGACAUGAAUAUGUACAGCAAGUUCAGCUUGGUUCUCAUAAUAGUUUUUACUGGUUCUCAGUGAUGUGCUCAGCGCUAUUUCCUAUCCAGUAACAUCUUUCUUUUCCCCACCUGUUUUCCUGCCCUUGGAUUCUCAGUGUCGUCUCCAUACUUUUGAUCAGGUUCAGCCUCAAUGUCUCAGAUCUGCCUUGAAUUUGAAUUAUAAGACCUUUUAUUGGUUAAUGUGUGUGUAAUAAUGUUUGUGAUGUAAUAUAAAGAGUGCCUUAAACAGUACAACUCAUUGUUUUGAAGUAGUAGUCCCGUAGAUCAUUAAUUGCAUAUAUUCAAUUUUUGUACAGCACUUUUUCCAGGGACUGAGAAGUGGAAGUUCAUGAAUUUUAAUUUGGGUUUCUUCCUUGUUGUUGAGUGUUGAUGCUGAGAUUUCUGUUAAUCCUGUGCUUUGGUGCUUGUUCUGUAUGACCAAAUACUCUGUGUUGAUAGAUCUUCAUUUGAUGCAUUUUUAUUUUUUUUUACUGUCAUUAUUCCCCUGACAUUUUUUCAUUACUGGUACUGGUAGCCCAACCCAUUUUCAAGCAUAGUGCCUUUCUUUCUCGUCCUCCUAUUUAUUGGAGCUCUUCUGAUGCUCAGGUCUUUCACACCACUACCUUUCAAGCAACUUCAAUUGUCUUUGCUUUGUUGUGUCCACUGCUUUCACAUUCAUUUCCAUCACAUUCCCUCACUUAGGAUCAAAAGAAACCCCAUCUGUACUCACUUUCCAAAACUCAGUCAGCAGAUCCAAGCCAAGAUCUUUCCCUCUUCUGACAGAGCCUUUCUCUCACUGCCACUUCUGACAGAGCCUCUUUUAUUCUGUGUGACCCUCCAUCACCAAUUUCCAUACUAAAACUGCCAGCGUUUAAGAGGGGUCUGAUUGUAAUGAGAGGUGAGGGAUGACUGAAUGAGUCGCAUCUAAUGUGCACAUUUAUUUGGAGAACCUCUCAAUCCUACUCUUUUCUGUUUACAGAUCACAAAGAGGAUGCUAUUUCCACUGGUCUGACAUGGAGAAGGUGUACUCAGCUGUUGAAGGACCUCAACAUGUGAAAUAUAAAUGUGAAGAGGGGGUCACUGAAGAACUUUGUGAGGAUGAGCAAGACAAAUAUCACAGAAUGCACUGGGGCCUCCUUUUGAUGCAUGGUAUAGAGGUUGAUGAAGAGCAAUGUAAAUGGAGUUUUGAACAUCUUGAACAGAACAAUGUCUUCAUGAACAAACAGGAGGAUUGUGAAAGUGGACCUUUAGACUUUACAGUAGACUCUGAGCUGCUGCCUUCCAUCACUGAUGUGCAGAAAAACCAAACUGUCAACAGCAUAAAGGAAGAAGACCUCAAUUGUGAAAAAGACUGGCAGCGUUCUUAUUCAGAUGAAGAGGGUCUUGGAUUGGGAUUGACCCCCAGAAGACACUGCACCCUACAGCAACAUUCUGUCCAUGUGAAGUUAGAACCUUUGGAAUCUGACAUUAAGUGGAAGGCCAAAUCAUCAGAUUCAAGUCCUUCUGAAGAAGCUUUACCAGCCAAUGGCAGCUUCUUCUUAUCUCCAUUGGCUCAGACAUCUCCUCAGUGCAGAUCUCAACAGACAGUGGAUGAUAAGAAUAUGAAGAACCUGACAUUAGCAUCAGAGAAUGGGAUACUCGCCUCUUUGCAGGAUGAUUCUCAGCCGGUGAUGAAAUUAAACACAGUAGGUGUGAUCACCACUCAAACUCAGAUACCCAAAACGGACUUAACCACAGUCUGCCAGACACCGAGGGAAAGGAUUGAAAGCAAAUGUAAGUCCAGGAAUGGUAAUCUCUGUCAAACACAACAGGAGCCAAAUGGGUGUUCUGACAGUGGCAAGAUGUUCGGACAAAUGAGUCAUCUAGAAACGCACAGAAUAGUUCACGCUGGAGAGAAGCCAUUUUCCUGUCCAGAAUGUGGAAAAGGAUAUGCAUCCAUUGGCAGCCUUCGUAGACAUGUAAAAAUUCACACAGGAGAAAAGCCAUAUUGUUGUUCUGAUUGUGGUAAGCGAUUCACACAACUUCACAGUCUAAAAAAUCACAGAAGAAUUCACACAGGUGAGAAGCCAUAUUGUUGUUCUGAAUGUGGAAAACAAUUCACCUACAAGAGUAGCCUUCUGGACCACACAAGAACUCAUACUGGAGAGAAGCCAUAUUGUUGUUCUGAAUGUGGAAAGCAAUUCAAAGUAUUGCGCAAUCUAAAGGCUCACAAGAGAAUUCACACAGGACAAAAGCCAUAUUGUUGUUCUGAUUGUGGUAAGCGAUUCACAGAACCUCACAGUCUAAAGAACCACAGAAGAAUUCACACUGGAGAGAAACCAUAUUGCUGUCCAGAAUGUGGUAGAGGAUUUACCUGUGCUGGUAGCCUUCAGAGCCACAUAAAAAUUCAUACUGGAGAGAAGCCAUAUUGUUGUUCUGAAUGUGGUAAGCAAUUCAAAAGACCGUGCAGCCUCAAGAGCCACUCAAGAACUCAUACAAGAGAGAAGGCUCAAUAGGGAUGAUACUAGUACUAAAAACAAGGCCUGUAGCAGUGAAAAGAUCACUUCAUGAUUCAAGAGUGAGGUUCACGUCUGUCUUGAAAAUACUCAAGCCAAACCAUUGCUGAGAAUUUAACCUCGAUAUACGUCCUAAAGCAGUAAGCUGGAGGAUGAGGAAUGAAGGAUCACAGGGAGGAGAGGAAUGUGAGUCGCCAUACUGUUCGAGGCUUGAUGCAUAUCUUCAUGUUGUGGGCUUUGUUGCACACCAAACCUUCUGAAGGUUAAACUAUUUUAAAAAGGAAACCAAAAAAUAAUUCAAGGUGGCCACCCAUCUCACUCAAUGAAAGUUGCCAACCUACUGUGUCAGCAACAUGGAAGGUGAUGUGGUGUCUCUCCAAAUUGGACAGUAUUGCUU